AUGGUAUUUGAGGCUUCGUUUGCUGCAUCAUCUCAGGAACGGUUGAUCGGUCCCGAAACGAUCUCCGGAGACGAUCAUUACCAUGCCCUGGCGCGAUGUCUGGAAUUGGCAUGGCGUGCUGGCCAUGUUGAUCAAGCGGACAAAUACCUGAGAAAAGCUAUCGAAAACAAUCCAAGGGCACCUGUUGACGCUGGAUAUAAUUACUGUAAAGGACUGCACGAAUGGUACUCGGGUGAGCCGAACGCCGCAUUACAGGCGUUCAACCGGGCUCGUCGAGAUUUGGAAUGGGGUGAACGUGCGCUAUACAAUAUGAUAGAAAUCGUUUUGAAUCCGGACAAUGAGAUAAUUGGCGGUGAAGUGCUCGACCGUGCUGAUGACAGAGGCGAUGAAGCCGAUCGAGAAAUGGCUGCUAAAACGGCGGAACGUUUUCUCAAGGAGGUGACAUUCAAGAACAACAAUUCAAAGUAUGUUCUUAUGGAAAACUCGAUACUGGUUGCCAGUGGUGUUCGUAGUAAUGUACAAAAAGCUCUCGAUCGAUUAUUGCCGAUUGUUGGAAAUGAGGGGGAAAAGGUGUCAAGCGUGGGUGCUGUAUUGGUGGUGGCCCGAGCGUAUAUGCUAAUGAAGCAAACUCCAAAGGCCAAGGCCGUCCUCAAACGUGUGGUUGGCCAUCCAUGGUCUCUAGAAGAUGCCGAUUACCUGGAGAAAUGUUGGUUACUACUGGCUGACCUAUAUAUCAAUCAGAACAAAUCCGAACAGGCGACUACCGUAUUGCGUACAGUACUACAGCAUAAUGCGAGCUCAAUAAAAGCCUUCGAAUUUCUUGGUUAUUUACGGGAACGUGAACAGAAGUUCCAUGAUGCUGCAGCUAAUUAUGAUGAUGCAUGGAAAUUGAGCCGAAUGCGAAAUCCAGCCAUCGGGUACAAGUUAGCGUACAAUCUACUCAAAUGCAAACGCCUGUUUGAUUGUAUUGAAGUAUGUCAUCAUGUGCUUAAGCUCUAUCCUACAUAUCCAAAGAUUAAAAAAGAAAUCAUGGAUAAAGCCAGGAUGAGCAUCCGAUCUUGA